UAGUAGUAGUUUCUGAACUCCCUCUUCUACCUCUUUUGAUCAGAGAGAGAUCUAAAGCCAAAGUUCAAAGUCUGUAGAUUUGUAUCACUCACUCUCUGUCUCUCUGUGCUCCCUUUGCUCUGCCAUUCUGUUCAAUCUUUUGAAGGUCUUCUUUUAGCAGUUCCACCGAAACUUUUUUAUGUGAACUUUACACAUUACAUUAAUUGGCUUUUGAAUCAUUUUUCUGGUAGGUUUUUACUAUAAAUCUUGAUUUUGUUACAGAUGGAUCAUAUGGAUAUGGAACAUGAAGUGAAGAUGGCAACAAACAAUGAAGACGAAGCCGCUGGUGCUGCAACAAAAUGAUUUCCUUGUUUAUUUUGUUCAAGAAAGUUUCACAGUUCACAAGCAUUGGGAGGACAUCAAAAUGCUCACAAGAAAGAGAGAAGUGCAGCUAGAAAGGCUAAAAGAGCUUCUGAGUAUGCAAUGACCAACUCCAACUCCUCCUCCUCCUCCUCCUCAGAGCUAGUUUUUGCUCCCGACGGCCUUUUCCGUCCUUCGAUGUAUAUUCGUGCUCAUGCAGCCGGCCUAGGUUCAUUUUCAGGCCAACAAUUGUCGUCGGAUGGGUUUGGAUCAAAUGGUGCAGCUCGGUUUGAGAAUGUAAUGUUGUACCGAAGAGGCAACUAUAUGAACUACUAUUAUUCAUAUGGUGGUCAAUUUGACGAAGACAAUUGCCGGAACUUGUGGCAGAGUAGUGGUAGUAACAGUAGUAGUAGGCGAUGCAAAGGACGACUCUCCCAACAUCUAUCCACAAACAAUGAGAAUCAUCAAGUUGAGACUGGGCUUAGCGACAACAACAAUCAAAACCUAGAUUUGUCUCUCCAUUUAUGAAAGAGUAGUGUUA